AAACAAAAUCAUGGAUCGACCAACGUCCACCGACGCCAAUAGUGAUGCUCCAUUGGAUAAUAAACUGGUGGGCCAAACUCCUGAUAAUGACCAGAAAUUGGCAACAGCCUCCGGAAAUAUCAUGAAAGCGUUUGCCACGAUUCGCAUCAUGGCCUAUGUAUUUGGUCGCUUACCUUUCCAAAUUGCGAAAAAGAAAAAUGGGAUGUACGCCUUCGUCUUUAAGAAAUAUUCAGCUCCAGCAAUUUACUUUUAUAUAACUUCCUCAAUGUUGGGAAUUAUAUUUUUCAUGUUAUGCAUUGGAUACGUAUCGAUAUUUUUCGAUGUCAAUGUCAGCAAAGUUAAAGACAGAUGUCAAGUAACCUGGGAGUCGUUCAACUUGUUAAGAACUGCUGUCCCCACUGCGAUUACUGUGAGUUGGCUGUACUUGACACUUUCGGGUAGCAUUUACACAAUGUUCCGAGGGAAGGAGUAUCUUCAUUAUUUGAAUUAUUGGAAUCGAGCAAUUGCGAUCCUCAAUUGCGACCCGAGCGAGGGCGCGAGAAGGUCAGCGCUAAUCGACAACGCCCACUGCCUCAUGCUCAUCCUCCUCUUCACCGGCUUUUACGGCAGUAAACAAGCCCCGUCCUUGCACGAGGGGGCUGCCUCCAUCGCAAACGCACUCGUCCGACUGUUCAUCCAGGACAUUGGGAUAAGCGAAGAAUUUAGCAAGAUUGUUUCAAAUCAGUCCGACUGCAAUAUGAGGAAGAAAGUAUACUCCACGUUGGACUAUGAUUCGGCAAGCUUCACAGUAUGGAAAUUGCUCGGGUUUAUUAUUCAGAUUUAUGCGUUGUAUGGGUCACUUUGCGUUAUAAUCCAGUUUCGGUUUUAUUGUCGACUACUAAGAAAUAUGGCGUAUAUAUGGAACGAAAGAUUUCAGAAUUUGCUUCACGGAGUUUCCGAAGACCCCAGUGAUCAAAAUAAGCGUCGACUAUCCCUAAGGUUCAUCAUGAAGGAUCACUUAAUAGUGGUUCAAAUGUUUAAACUAACAGAGAAUGCUUUUGCGUCUACCCUUCAGUCCUUCUAUACAGUUCAGAUAGUCAACAUGUGUAGUGAACUGUACUUUUUGAGUGCUAUGAGAGGAGUAUCGACCUGUGACAAAUUGAUAACUGACCUGCAGGGCGAGCAGCAAGUAAUCGUGAAGGCAUGUUUAAAGUUGGAUAAAGAUUUGGAUCUUGCACCCGUUUUGAAGUCAUCCUCAUCUAAAUUUUUUGCUGACCCAUGUUCACCAGUUCAAUUUAAAAUAUUACAAGAAGCAAUUGUGGCGUUAGUUCUACUACUACAAACUUUACGAAUAACAUUUUCCAUUACGAUGGACGCCUCACUUGCUUACGAGGAGGCAAUGCGUGGAUUUCAAAUUCUCCGUAGGCAUUGUUACAUGUACUGUUAUUCCAGGAGAGAAAGAAAUUUUAUACAUAGUCUUAUAUUUUCAUUUGCUGGCAACAAUCCCAUACAUAUAACCGCUGGAAAAUAUUUCGUUGUGAAUAAAGCCCUCAUAUCCGUGAUCGCGGGAUCCAUAUUUACGUAUUACGUUAUUUUACUACAGUUUCGACCAGGAAAUUUCGACACAAAAGACUUCUGCGUCGAAAGCGUCUGCAGUGAUUUAAAUUCGUAUAAAGAGUACUCCGGUGUCGACGUCCAAUGUAGCAAGGUUUUCUUGAAUAGCAAUAGUACUACUACCCCAUAGCAUUUAUAAUUACAUAUUUUCUUUGUGAUUCACAAUUUGUGAUAAAGUGGGUACAUGCUAACAGAGAUAUAGAUAAGUACAUGUGCUAACUAAGGAUUAGUGAAUAAUGCGAAGUGAAUAUUGAGUGCAUGAGACAAAGUUGCGAAAAAGUUCAAAAUAUAGCAUAGUGCAUGAGUGAGUCUCUAGGAAAACAAUAAAUCCACAUGUGUACAUAAAUUCA